CAGGGGCGGGGCCGCAGGGGCGCGGGGCUUCCUGUCUAAGAUGGCGUCCCCCGCAGCGGCGCGAGCACGGACACUUCUGCGGGAGCUGGUGCUGCGGCCCCCGCUGCUGGCGGCCCGGUGGCAGGCAGUUCAGUUAACCCCCCGAAGAUGGCUGAACCUGCAGGAAUACCAGAGCAAGAAACUGAUGUCUGACAAUGGAGUCAAAGUUCAAAGAUUCUUUGUAGCAGAUACUGCAAAUGAAGCUCUGGAGGCUGCUAAGAAACUAACAACAAGUGUCGGAGGUCGUCCAAGGCAGCAGAGGAGCUGUUUGCUGCUGAGAGAAGAUGCAAAAGAAUUUGUUUUAAAAGCCCAGAUCUUAGCUGGAGGAAGAGGAAAAGGUGUCUUCAGUAGCGGUUUGAAAGGAGGCGUUCAUUUAACAAAAGACCCUCAAGUUGUAGGACAGCUGGCUAAACAGAUGAUUGGAUAUAAUCUAGCAACAAAACAAACUCCAAAAGAAGGUGUGAAAGUUAACAAGGUGAUGGUUGCUGAAGCCUUGGACAUUUCCAGAGAAACCUACCUGGCCAUUCUGAUGGACCAAUCCUGCAAUGGCCCUGUACUGGUGGGCAGCCCUCAGGGGGGUGUUGACAUUGAAGAAGUGGCAGCUUCGAAUCCAGAACUUAUUUUUAAGGAGCAAAUCGACAUUAUGGAAGGGAUAAAGGACAGCCAAGCUCAGCGGAUGGCAGAAAAUCUAGGCUUCCUUGGGCCUCUGAAAAACCAGGCUGCAGAUCAAAUUAAGAAGCUGUACAAUCUCUUCCUGAAAAUUGAUGCUACUCAGGUGGAAGUGAAUCCCUUUGGUGAAACUCCAGAAGGACAAGUUGUCUGUUUUGAUGCAAAGAUAAACUUUGAUGAUAAUGCAGAAUUCCGACAAAAGGACAUAUUUGCUAUGGACGACAAAUCGGAGAAUGAGCCCAUUGAAAAUGAAGCUGCCAAAUAUGAUCUAAAAUAUAUAGGACUGGAUGGGAACAUUGCCUGCUUUGUGAAUGGUGCUGGACUUGCCAUGGCUACUUGUGACAUCAUCCUCCUGAAAGGUGGGAAGCCAGCCAACUUCUUGGAUCUUGGUGGUGGUGUAAAGGAAGCUCAAGUCUAUCAAGCUUUCAAACUGCUCACAGCUGAUCCUAAGGUGGAAGCCAUCCUUGUCAAUAUUUUUGCUGGAAUUGUCAACUGUGCCAUUAUUGCCAAUGGGAUCACCAAAGCCUGUCAGGAGCUUGAGCUCAAGGUGCCCCUGGUGGUCCGGCUGGAAGGAACCAAUGUCCACGAGGCCCGGAACAUUCUCAGUAACAGCAGACUCCCCAUUACUUCGGCCGUCGACCUGGAGGAUGCAGCCAAGAAGUCUGUGGCCAGCGUGGCUAAGAAAUGACAGCUUUGUCCUGACACCGUAGAGGAAGAAGUCCAUUUUGCCAUAAAAAAGGAAUGUUUCUCUCAUCACUGUGAAGGAAAUGGUUAUCCCAUUGGGAAAAAAGGGAGAGGGGAUGAGCCAGGGGAUGAAUCACUGUAUGAAAGAUCUUAAAUCUGCAUCUUCUUGAAUAAGACAGCUAGAUAGCCUAAAUAAUCUGAUUUCACAUAUUAGAGUCUUUAUUAAUGUCUGUUCUCAUACUUUUCCAUCAUGGUAAGCCUGCUCUUAGGCAUUGUUUUGCCAACUUUAGGGGAGCAGUCUCUUUGGCCAAACAGAGUGUGUAUGUAUGGAAUUUGAGAUCAGACCCUGGUUCAUUUACAACGAUUUUACAACAAUUUUUAAUCUUAAAAGAAUCAUAUACUGUAAAAAACUCAAAAAAGAUUACGUUUAGCAGAUUAUCAAAAAGGCACAGCUAAGACAUUCAAAACUAUUGCACACUGCAACAGCUUUUACAAGUUCUAAUUCCAGCACGCUUAGAAAAUCCAUGAAUGUUCCAAAACAUAUUAUUUUAUAGUGGAAAACGCACAUUAAUAUCCCACACGUGCAUUCUACCAUUUGCCUUAAUAUUGAAUAUACUGUUUACCUCACACUAAAAAUAAAGCCAGAAGCCUUAUUUGUGAUUUUGUCAGAGAAGAUUCUAUUUCAAAGUCAAAACCAAAGAAUGCUGAUUCUUAUGGAAAUCUCCAUAAUUAAGUCAUUUCAAGAUGAAACAGUGCUGAAGAUCAAAUUAUGUUGUAUCAGUAUCUUUUCUUCCCUUCCCUGUUGCCUCCAGAAUCUACCAGCUGGGAAAAAUGUGUCUUUUUCUCAUAAUAUCCAUUUUUGUGGUGGGAAAGAAUUUGAAUUAUGUCUAUGUUUAAAUUUGGGUAAAUUUUUAUCUGUACACAAAUUUAAAUAAAAUCCUCUGUUUUGUAAGCUCUAA